GACGACAACGUUGUGAGAAGAAAGAGAUUGGGGGGGUUUCCACUUUACUCUUCCGCGAUUGUGAACUGUGCUCUUCCGCUGUGGGUCUCUUCGUCGAUAUUGAAGGGGUUGAGCAUCGAUGACGAGAACGAUAGUAAAGGGGGUGAGCAGUGGCGACGGCAACGAGGACUUGAAUUCUGAAGGCGGCGGAGACUCUUUUACUAGGGGAAGACUCAGGGAAUCGAAGACUCGAAAGCCCAAUCGAAAACGACGAGUCAACUGGCACCAGGCAGGAGAACUUCUCCAAUAGCGAGAAUUGGGUGAUAAAGCAUUCGAUUUCCCAUUUGAAACGACGACUCA